AUGAUCCAAGACGAUCUACGCCGCAUAAGCGACAAAAUUGAAAGUCUCUCCCUCUCCCACGCUGCUGGUGAGCACAUACGCCAAGCCUACGAGCGUCGCCGCGAAAGCGAAAAGGGUAUCCCAGAAGGCAUCCCAGAAGAGGUCGAACAAGAGAAACCCCAGCUCAAAGUUGAGGUUCAUCGUUCCCAAUCGCGAGACGGCAACACCAAGCACGACUCGGGCGCAGACACUUCCUACACUGCCCACCCAGAAACAUACAGUCCCCGAACAGACUCGCUACCCCGCCAGCAGAAAAGCAUGCCAUGCUUGAACAAUGUAUCACCACUCGAUUUCAUCGCCCGUCAGGGCCAUUCCAAUUCUUACCUGCCCCCGCACUUGGGCCUCAACCCUUUGCGCUCGCACCCCCCGACCAUGAACAUGGACCUGGCCGCGUACUCGUUCUCCCAGGCGGAGAGAGACAUAUCAUGGCCUGCUCCCCCUGGCUUUAGCGAGGGCAGCGGCAGUGCCAGUACCAGCCCCUGUGGUGGUGUGGGUGGGAAUAGGGAGGCUAGGAUUUUGGGGUCCGGGUCGGUGGCUAUGGUUGAUAUUUCGAGGAAGAGGGUUCAGCCGGAGAGGGGGUUUCUUUGA